AUGAAAAGCUUGCGUCUCCAAGGAUGGAGCGGCUGCGUCCUAACGUCGCGCACGAGACCUUCCUUUUGCAUUCACAAUCAGUAUCCAUUCCUGUACCGACGUUCACCUCAACAGCAUUCAAGAUCUACAACAACUGCUGUCCUACGCGAAGAUGAUGAGAAUGGGUUUUCCUCAGAUGCAGAUUCCUCUAGUGAGGGCUUGAGCCAAAAAGGAGAAGACAAGAAUGCUCAGAGGAGAUCCAUACGAUUACUACCCUCACCUCCCCCAUUCGCUGCCUUGCAUUCGGCUCGACUCGCCGCACUCCAUGCACGUCUAGCACUUUCGCCCCGAUUACCCAUUGAGACUCUGUCGAGAUGCCUGAUCGAUUCAACGGCAGACCCUAACCCUCGCUUCAACAACUCCUCCCUGGCGCUCCUAGGAAACAACCUUCUCACCUACUUCACAUCUGAAGCAAUACUAUGUCGCUACCCUCGCUUACCCACAGCAGUCGCCUUCUCUGCAAUGACAGCAUACGUCGGGCCGAAGACCCUCGCAGCUCUUGCUCGCCAAUUUGGCGUCGAAGCCGCAGCAGAGCCUGGAGGCGAAGUCGAUCCUGGCCUCCUACAAUUUCGGCGCAAAGAAGCAGGCAAUGCUAGCGUUUUAGGUACUGGCUUCCAACUCAAAGAAAUUGAAGAACCCUCAGAACUGCUGUCGGCCACUCGCCCAAACCCAGAUCAAAUGCUGAAAGGUUGGCGGCGGGGCGUCAGCAGCCAGACAAUGUACGAUGAUGCUUUUGGCGAAGUCAUAUCGCAGACACCUGCGACAGACUCCUCAGGUUCAAGCGCCAAACUCCCCUCCACAACCCACGAAUACGCCUCAGCUGACUUUGUCCGCGCCCUCAUGGGCGCUCUCUACCUCCACACAGGCAUGCGCCAAAGCAAAGUCUUCUACAACGCGCACGUCCUCUCUCGCCACCUCGACAUUUCCGCCCUCUUCUCCUUCAGGCAGCCGACGCGCGACCUGGGCAAGCUUUGUGCUAGGGAAGGGUUCGAGCGGCCGAUUGCGCGCAUAUUGGCGGAGACUGGAAGGAAGAGUAGACACCCUGUAUUUAACGUGGGAAUAUUUAGUGGCCGUGAGAAGUUGGGAGAAGGCAGUGGAGGUAGUCUGGAUGAGGCGAGGAUCAGAGCUGCGAUUUCAGCGUUAAAAGGAUGGUAUCUUUACAGUCCGCUUAAGGUGAGGGUGCCAAGUGAGACAGUAGGGAAGGCAGAGGCGGAAUGGGAGCCUGUGUUGAUUGAUGGGGGUGAAGUGGUCGUCUGA